GGCGUGUACGACCAGGAUUCAGCACCAAGAGACUGAUGACCUGAGCAGGAGAGGCUCUUUGUGGCUUGAUGAAAGUAGUCCGUAGAAUAUAGUUUAGGAAAAGCCGUGAACAGAAAACUUGGGUGUUCAAGAUGACGACCACCACCAUUUUUCAAUGCAUGGACCCGACCGGGAGGAGCAGCUCCAGAGUGCUGCGUCCACCAGGUGGAGAUUCAAACAUCUGUUUUGGGACAGAUGUAGAGAAACCUAUAAAGAAAAACAAAAUGGCAUCUAGUAUAUUUGCCGAACCUGAGGACCCUCAUGCCCAUCGAAGGAACAAUCCACCAGGUGGGAAGCCUACAGGUGUGUUGUGUGGAGAGCCAUCUGCCCCUCUCAGAAGAUGUACUGCUCAACCCGCCAAUCAAAGUAACACCACAGACGAAAAUAAUGUAGCUGUGAAUGUUGAGGAAAACUCGAUCACUGUUGAUAGCACAGAAGAACCUGAACCUGUUCAGGAGCAGGAUGACACACCAGCUCCAGCUUGCCUCUCUGCAAGAGAGCAGCCUACAGCCGAGGUUCCUUCUGGUCAUAGAAACCCACCAGGGGGUAAAUCCUCUCUCAUCUUAGGCUAAGGAUUUGCCUCACUUAAGGAUAAGAUCUGGGCCUAUGUGAGAUGAGCAUCUCAGAGUAAAUGUGCUGUUCUGUGGUCAGUGCCCAUCCUCUGCAUAACUGUAUUCAUACAAUGAUAUAAGCCACAAAGAACAGAUUAAGAUCAGGACAGUUUAGACCGAGAAGAGUGCCACAGAUCUUUGAGCUGUGAUUUGUUCAAAGAAUGUCUUAGAAGGUGUUAAGUGUUGGUCUCUCAGUCUUGUCUUGACUAAGAUCAGACCCUUAAGAGUGCACUGCUACUCUCAGAUCCUGCAAAUCAUAGGCCAAAAUAUGCCAACAAAGUUCUCCCAGUCAGGGUUUUUUUUUUAUAUUCAUGUAAACCUGUGAAAUGUCUCCCUGACAAUGUUUGUCUUUCUCUUUUUUGUGUUAUAUUUUUGUCAGCACUUUAUGAACUGUGGUGCCGCAGGCUUGCUGGUUAAGACAGAAGGUUUGAAUUAUUCCAUGUCACAUCCAUCAUUAAAUAAAAUAAAAAUCUGAAA